AUGCAAAAUUCCACUUUGCUUCGUAUUAGUACGAAAGAUUGUGAUUCUGACAAAGAAACUACAAAAAAAACUUAUGAUCAUAAUGACCGUUUAACUGGUAAUGGUUCAAAAAUAAUCGCAUCUGAUUAUAUUAAAAUAAUUGCGAUUAAUACCUUACUUCUUAUUAGUAUUAUAUUAUAUAAUUAUGAGAUACCCUUAACAGAACAAUCUCAAACAAACCUCCAUCCAGUUGUAAACAAUAUAUCCAAAAUAAAUGAAACUGAAGAAAUAGAUGAUAAUCCAUAUGGAUUUCAUCCAUUUUAUCAAGUUCAUAGACGUAUUCAAUAUAAAAAUCCGCCUGUAAAUCCAUGUAAUAAUAUCGAUCCAAAGAAAACUUUAUUAUUUGCAAUAUUAUCACGUGCCAGUAACGUUCAUAUACGUGAAGCUAUUCGACUAACCUGGGGCGCUCGGAGAACUUAUAAUGAUAUUGAAGUACGUUUAACAUUUCUCGUUGGUGUUGAUGAUGGAAUGAUAAAACAAAUUGAAAUAGAACAACUACUUCAUCAUGAUGUUGUACAAGUGAAUUUACCAGAAAACUAUCCUGUUGUAUCGUACAAAGAAUUAGCAGCAAUUUGUUGGAGCAAAUAUAAUUGUCCAGGCAUACAAUAUGUUUUUAAAGUUGAUGAAGAUAUUCAUUUAAAUACACCAUUGUUAACACGCAUUAUUUCUGGAUUUAUUCAAAAUGAAACAAUAGCACAGACUCCAACAAUGUUUGGUUGGUUUAGACAUAAAUCACGAGUUGAUCGUAAAGGACGUUAUCUUGUUACAGAAGAAGAAUAUCCAGGCUUUUAUUAUCCACCAUAUACAUUUGGAAUUGGAUAUCUAUUAACAAAAGCUGGUCGUGAUAAUUUAUGCAUUUAUGGUCAACGUCCACACCCAGUGACGCGUGUUGGUGAUGCGUAUAUAACUGGUAUUCUACGGGACCAUGCCAUGGUCCAAUAUGCACGUUUUGGUGACGUACAUUAUAUUUAUUCGGGCACACUUAAUGGACCACAUUGUUAUGAAUAUUUUACGUACGAUCCAAAAUUACUUGUAUGCAUGUCUGGUCUACAUUCCGGCGUUGUUGAUGUCGCUGAUGAAUAUGUUCAUGUAUGGGAUGCAGUAUAUAAAGAAAAAGGUGAAGAUCUAGCUGAAUAA